CAGUAAGUAUAAGUUGAUGUAUUGAAAUCGUUAUUUUUAACUAGUUAUAUUACUAGAUUGCAAUUAUUUGGAAGUAUGGAAAUAUGCUUACGUAAUACUUGAUAAUGAACGUACAUAACCUUAAAGAGUAUCAUGCUACGAACGAAUAUCGUGAAACAAGGACUGCGGACAAUGUCGACACUUCGUUUGGCGCUAGUACAGCUCGCCGUUGGCGAAAAUAAAACUACGAAUGUACAACGAGCAAUUUCGUACAUCGAACGCGCGAAGCAACAAGAGGCUGACAUUGUAGCUCUACCUGAAUGCUUCAAUUCACCAUACGGAACAUCACACUUUGCAAAAUACGCUGAGAGCAUUCCCAACGGCGAAACAAGUAUCGCACUGUCAGAAGCGGCCAAAAAGAAUAAUCUGUAUGUGAUCGGUGGUACGAUACCUGAAAGAGAAGCCGAUAAACUGUACAAUACGUGCACCAUUUGGGCGCCUGAUGGUACUCUGAUAGCGAAGCACAGGAAGAUGCAUUUAUUCGACAUCGACAUCAAAGGGAAAAUGACUUUCCGUGAGAGCGAUUCGCUGAGUCCCGGCGAUUCGUUAACGUUGUUCGAGGCGAAGGGGUGCAAAAUAGGUGUUGGCAUUUGCUAUGACAUCAGGUUCGAAGAAAUGGCACGCCUUUACCGAAACAGAGGUUGCCAAAUGCUGAUAUAUCCAGCAGCGUUCAAUAUGACCACGGGACCACUGCACUGGUCGUUGCUGCAGCGUUCCAGAGCAAAUGACAAUCAAUUAUACGUCGCUUGCGUAUCACCAGCUCGUGGUUCUCCGCCUGGUUACGUCGCGUGGGGGCAUACCCAGUUAACCAACCCUUGGGGAGAAAUUCUUCACGAGCUAGAUGCCGUCGAGGACAUGGUUGUCGCCGAUAUAGAUCUGAAGAUCGUUGAUGAAGUGAGAGCUCAAAUACCCACGUUCUCUCAGAGGCGUACGGAUUUAUACGACACCGUUUGGAAAAAGGAUUGAAGCGGAUAAUUUUAAGCAUGCUAAAGAACAAUCUUUGCAACGAUAUUUUUUGUACUAAAUAAAAUAUGAAACAUUUAAUUAAUUAAAAUUGAAACUUA